GAGCAGAGGAAAAUAGAAAAAGACUGUCGCAAGUUUAUUUAUAUGCCCAAAGCAAAGUGCAUGUGUGAGACGUUAUAGAGUGAUUUUUGUGUACUUUUUGACCAUUUCGCUUGUUCCUCGUCCAAUAGUUGUCCGCGUACACGUUGUCGACUCGAAUAGCAGGAAUUCUGCUACAGAACACUUUAUAUAUAGAUACUUUAUAGAGAUACGGGCAGACAGACCGCGUUGCUAAGUUCGUGGAAUUUUAUUCAUUUUUUUCGAUUCAAACGAGGAGUUUUUUGCUGCUCGUGCAGCAUCACGUAGUUGCACAAACCUCAUAUCUACACAGAGAGCGAGAGCAAGAUGAACGCCGAAAAACUCCGUCGAUUACAGUCCCAAGUGCGGAUAGGUGGCAAAGGUACCCCACGCCGUAAGAAGAAGGUUAUGCAUCAAUCUGCCGCCACGGAUGAUAAGAAAUUGCAAAGUUCUUUAAAGAAAUUGUCCGUCAGCACCAUACCCGGCAUUGAGGAGGUUAACAUCAUCAAGGAUGACCUAACGGUGAUUCAUUUUAACAAUCCCAAGGCCCAAGCCUCUUUAUCGGCUAACACAUUUGCCGUAACCGGCCAUGGCGAAACCAAGAAAAUCGUGGAAAUGUUACCGGAAAUUCUUCCCCAGUUAGGCCAAGAUACAGUCAUGCAGUUGCGUAUGUUUGCCAACACCAUGUCUGGUCAGCAGGCUAAGUCUGGAUCCGGCCCCACUUUGGAAAAUGUCGCCGAAGAAGAUGAGGUUCCCAUGUUGGUAAAUGAUUUCGAAGAGGUUGCCAAAAUGGAUGAAGCCAACGCGCCCAAAUCGAAGGGUCAACCCGAUCAGGCAAAGCCCAAGGAGGGAGCAGAAUCUAAAGUCGAUGCACCCAAAGCUGAAACUUCUUCUGCUGCAAAGAACGACGAUAAGUCGGAUAAAAAGGGGAAAAAACAGCAAAACAAACAGUCGGCCAAUGGGGCAGCUAAAAAUAAACCCGAAUCGCCAAAGAAUGAAAACAACAAACAACAAAAACCACAAGCGAAAAAUGACAAAACCAAUAAACAAGAGACUAGUGUCGCCAACGCCGCCCCAGCAGUAGAGAAAAAGCAAAAUGAGGGACCGGCUAAACCAAAAGAAUCACAAGAAUCGAAAGGUGCUAAGGAGGGUGGUAAAAAGGGAAAUCAACAGCAGCAACAGCAAGCGAAACAAGAUAAGCCAAAUGAUAAAAAAACUGGACAAGAAGCAGCAAAACCAGCCGCUGCCGCCGCGGAACCAAAGGCUGAGGUGAAGGCUGCGCCUCAACAACAACAAUCCACCCCUCAGCCAACAAAAGUGCCAGAGGUAAAGAAAGAAGCUCAGCAACCCCAAGCCGCUGCACCUCAAUCUCCUGCCCCACAAGAUGCAGCUAAACAACAAUUGAAUGUCCAGCAGCAACAAAAGGCUCCAUCACCUCAGCCAAAGGAUAUGAAGAAGGCCGCAUCUCCUCAACCACCAAAACCUGAAGCUAAGUCGGAGAAACCACAGGAAACUAAGACAAAGGAAAAGGUUGCGGAAGUUCCCGUAGACUUGGUGGCAAAUGCAAGUGCUAAAGUUGACGAAGUGAUUGCGGCUGCAACCAAUGAAGUUGCCAAAAUACCCCAGAAACCAGCAGAAAGUACCACUGCAGCAAUUACUCCCGCAGCAGCACCAGCUCCCGCAGCAGCACCAGCUCCCGCAGCAGCACCAGCUUCCGCAGCAGCACCAGCUCCCGCAGCAGCACCAGCUCCCGCAGCAGCUCCUGCUCCCGCAGCAGCACCUGCUCCCGCAGCAGGACAAGCUCCCGCAGCAGGACAAGCUCCCGCAGCAGCACAAGCUCCCGCAGCAGCACCUGCUCCCGCAGCAGCACCUGCUCCCGCAGCAGCACCUGCUCCAGCAGCAACACCAGCUCCCGCUGCAGCACCUGCUUCCGCAGCAGCACCAGCUCCCGCAGCAGCACCAGCUCCCGCAGCAGCUCCUGCUCCCGUAGCAGCACCUGCUCCAACUGCAUCACCUGCUCCAGCUGCAGCACCUGCUCCAGCUGCAGCACCUGCUCCAGCUGCAGCACCUGCUCCAGCUGCAGCACCUGCUCCAGCUGCAGCACCUGCUCCAGCUGCAGCACCUGCUCCAGCUGCAGCACCUGCUCCAGCUACUGCACCUGCUCCAGCUGCGGCACCUUCUGCUACACCUGCUCCAGCUGCGACACCAGCUCCUGCUCCAGCGGCGGAACCUACACCAACUGCCGCACCUGCUUCAGCUCCAGCGCCGGUACCCGCCCCAACUGCCGCUCCAGCCUCUGUUGCUGCACCUGCUCCAGCUGCAAAGAAGGAAGAUGCCCCGGGCAAAAAUGCCAGUGCACCGAAAUCACCUCAACCUCAACCACAAGCAAAACAAGGAAAGCAAGGCCAGGCUCCUCCUAAACAAAAUCAGCAAGGAAAGCAAAGUCCACCCAAGGAUAAUAAGGCAAAUGCUAAUAAACCUGUCCCUCAGCAAAAGCAAGGCGGCCAACAAGGAAAGAAACCCAAUGCCAAUCAAUCGCCAGCAAAUACACCACCCACAACACCCACCACUGAGACCGCCAAUAAGCCGUUAACUCCGACUGAAGCGGCGCCUGCAAAAACAAAUGAAACUAAAAAUGAUGCCCAAAAGAAAGAACCUGCAGCCAAUCAAACACCACAAACACCCAGCAAUGAUGCAAAACCAGAUGCUCAGAAGAAACAGCCAACACCAAAUCCACCUGCCGCAGCACAGCAAAAACCAGCUCAACAAAAGCCAAACAAUCCAAAACCAAAUAACAGCGGCCCAAAGCCAGCUCCAAAUCAACCCAACGCUGGAGGAGCCAAGAAGGGACAACCGAAUGCAGCACAACAGCAACCAAAACAAGCAAAUGCGCCAAAACCAGCUGACAAAGCCAAGCAAGCUUCUCCAUCUAAAGCUCCCCAGAAGGGCCCCCAGAAAAACUCUUCUUAGACAACCUUCUUUGGCAUUUUUUAUCACGCAUUUUUAUUCACCACUAAUUUUUUCUAUUUGCACGAGUACACAUUUCUUCUGAUGAUUUCAAUUUCUACUCCAUGUCCUCACUAACCCCAAGUCAUAUAUUUUUUGUUUAUUAAAGGAAAAAAAUACCAUCCAUGCCAUAAUGUUGCUACAUAAUCUCAAAGGAUUUUAACAAUAAACGGUUAUGGUGGAGACAA